AUGUCCCCAGACAGAGCAACAUGGGCUUAUGUAGCAGACGCACUAAUUGCCCACCACACACCCAAGACAUAUGACAACAUCGACGAAUACUCUAAAAUCAAUAUAUUCCUCCAAUCAUGGAACACUGAUAUACGAAAGCUCCCCAAAGACCUCCAAGACAUGAUCAAGGUUGCAAAAAAACACAACCUAAGGUUGGAUGGGUUAGCCUUCUCAAGAGACACCAUCAGACAAAUGCCUCUAUGGCUACACUCGGAAUGCAAAGAAAUUAAGAGCAAACAUAAUAACCCACUCUCAAAAUGCCUGCGAGAAAACCACAAAGUCCGUUUAGUCGGAGAUGCAGAAACCUUCGCUAAGCACUCACAAAUGGUAAGACACCAGGACCGAAGAAAUUGCGCAUGUGCAUCAUGCACUCAAAUCCGACGAGAAACAGAAUGCAGGCACCCAAAUAGAUGCUACCGUAAAGCACGGGAAUUACUGCUCAUGCUACCACAAAAAUGGAACCCACUGCACAAAAUACCCGCCGACUAUGAACCAUCAGAGCUUGAGCAACCACUGAUUGAAGAUGGACAAACCUUUGACUGGAGAAUUACCUCCCGAGGCGGAAUAACAGAUGCGUUCCGAAUCUUCACCGAAGGGGAAAAAUGCAAUACACUCCCGGAUACAGAACGUACAGUAACAAACACCCAUAGGCCAAUCGAAGCUUUCACUGAUGGUUCCUGCAUGCACAAUGGUACCGAUGAUGCAUCCGCAGGUGCAGGAGUCUUCUUCCCAAAUGGUGAAUACUCAGACUGUACAAUCCGCCUACCCAACCACAUCAAACAAUCAAACCAGACUGCCGAAAUUAUCGCA